AGCAAUGGCAUCUACAAUGAAAUUCAUGUGCCUCGUAGGAUUGGUUGUGCUUGUAAGCAUUUUGGGGCUACAAAACGUUGAUGCAGCAGGGGAAUGUGGGAAAUCAUCACCUGAUAAUGAAGCAAUGAAGAUGAUCCCGUGUGCCGAAGCGGCACAAGACGAGAAUGCUCCUGUUUCUGCCGCUUGUUGCACCCAAGUGAGGCAAAUCGGCCACAAUCCAAGCUGCCUCUGUGCUGUUAUGCUCUCCAACACUGCUAAAUCGUCCGGAAUCAAGCCAGAAAUAGCCAUAACAAUCCCUAAACGAUGCAACAUAGCCAACCGUCCGAUCGGUUACAAGUGUGGAGCUUACACACUUCCUUGAAUGGACCUCACAUAUGAUACUAAUCACUAUGUAAUUUAAGCUUUACUUGUGUACCAAUACAAGCUUGCAGCUUGCUAUAUUGAAUAAAAAGAAAAAAGGAAUUGGAGACAAUAAA